CCGGCGGCGGCAGCAGCAGCAGCGGCGGAUCCACUGAGGACGGUGGGACGCUCCGGUCCGCGCUCUGGUCCGCUCUCCGGUCCGCACCGUAUCGCGCCGCACCGCUCCGCUUAGCUCCAAGCUCCGCUCCAAGCUCCACACCGCACGGUACCGCUCCGGUCCGCACCGCUCCGCACGGUACCGCGCCGGCCCCGAUCAGCGGCGACCCGCACCUCUCCGGACAGCACCGUUGCGCUCCGCACUUCUCCGCGUGGUUCCGCCCCGCGGUUCCCGUUCCCCGCCGGCCGGAGCCUCGGUGCCCGGUACGGCCGAAGCUCCGCGUCCCGCUCCGCCGGCCCCGGUCCCCGCGGCGGACGCUCCCGCGGGCGGCAGGAUGGCCGCGAAGCCGGCCGAGCUAAUGGGCAUCUGCUCCAGCUACCAGGCGGUGAUGCCGCACUUCGUCUGCGUGUCCGAGGAGUUCCCACCGCCAGCCCGCCCCGCUAAGAAUCCCAAAGGGAAGCUGCGGCGGCCGCGGCAAUCGCGCUUCAAGACGCAGCCGGUGACUUUCGACGAGAUCCAGGAGGUGGAGGAGGAAGGGGUGUCCCCCAUGGAGGAGGAGAAGGCCAAGAAGUCCUUCCUGCAGUCGCUGGAGUGCCUGCGGCGGAGCACCCAGAACCUCAGCCUGCAGCGGGACCGCCUCGGGAGCUGCCGUCUCCGCAACAGCCUCGACUCCAGCGACUCGGACUCUGCUCUCUGAGGGUUGCCCGGCUCGGUGGGACCCGGUGGGACUCGGUGGGACCCGGCCCGGCCAGGACUGGGCUGCAGAGAGCCCCAGAGGCGGGCAGCCGGGUCGGGAUGUUUUCUAAGAAAGCGCUUGUACCUUCGUUUCUAUUCGAUUGUAUGAAACUCUCCGUUUAAAAGACAAAAAAAAAAAAAAAAAAUCUUUUCUAUUCGUUAGAAGAAAUGAGCUGUUUUAGAUGCAUUGAGCUGCUGGACUUUAUAUUUAUUUUUGCAUUUAAACUGUUGACUGCAUUAAUUUAAUAUGUUUCUACCUGAAUGUCUGUUAUUAUUUCCAUAAAAGAGUAAUAAAAUCUGAUAUAUUUGCA